CGCCCCGCCGCCACCAUGGAGGCCAUCAAGAAGAAGAUGCAGAUGCUGAAACUGGACAAGGAGAACGCCAUCGACCGUGCCGAGCAGGCGGAGGCCGACAAGAAGCAGGCAGAGGACCGCUGCAAGCAGCUGGAGGAGGAACAGCAGGGCCUGCAGAAGAAGCUGAAGGGCACAGAGGAUGAGGUGGAGAAGUACUCUGAGUCUGUCAAGGAGGCCCAGGAGAAGCUGGAGCAGGCGGAGAAGAAAGCUACAGACGCUGAGGCUGAAGUGGCUUCUCUGAACCGCCGUAUCCAGCUGGUGGAGGAGGAGCUGGACCGAGCCCAGGAGCGCCUGGCCACUGCCCUGCAGAAGCUGGAGGAAGCUGAGAAGGCAGCAGAUGAGAGCGAGAGAGGCAUGAAGGUCAUCGAAAACAGGGCCAUGAAAGAUGAGGAGAAAAUGGAGCUCCAGGAAAUGCAGCUGAAAGAGGCAAAACACAUAGCGGAGGAGGCUGACCGCAAAUAUGAGGAGGUUGCCCGCAAGCUGGUUGUCCUUGAGGGAGAGCUGGAGCGCUCAGAAGAGAGGGCAGAGGUGGCGGAGAGUAAAUGUGGUGACCUAGAGGAGGAGCUGAAAAUUGUCACCAACAACUUGAAGUCCCUGGAGGCCCAGGCUGACAAGUAUUCCACCAAGGAGGACAAGUACGAGGAGGAAAUCAAGCUUCUAGGAGAAAAACUGAAGGAGGCUGAGACCCGGGCAGAGUUUGCGGAGCGGUCUGUGGCGAAGCUGGAGAAAACCAUCGAUGAUCUAGAAGAGCGCUCCCAGCAGGAGGCCAAGAAAAGCCGCAUUCUCACUAACAAGCUGCGGGUCAUCCUUACCGAAUUUAGCAACUGAGCUGCCGAGAACUCUCGGCCCCAGCCCAGCCUCCCGCACCCGGGCUGCCACCGGCCCCACUCCCUGCCUCAUUUUGGCCAGGCUGGCUCGGGGCUGGGACCUCCUCCUCACUCCCUGCUGGGGUUAGACGGUGCGUGGAGCCUUGGCUUAUCCCCCCGGGGGUAACUGCCCUGCUUGGGGGGGACAGGGAGUCCUCUGGAGCUGAUCAGUUUUUCUUGGGAGAGGAACGAGGGUUUUUGCAAUGUCCUGGGAUGCCCACGCAGUGAUGGCUGUCCCCCGACAUCAGUCUGGCCCCGCCAGAGAGGGAUAUGGUGGCUUGUAUUGCUGCCUUACUCCCCUUGUCCCAGGAGUUGGUGGCCAGCCUCUUCCCCCUCACUCUGGUCACCCCAAACUAUGCAGGGAGGAUCCCCUUAGAGCAGGGUCUCUGCAGGGUGCUGGGAGGGCUGGGACAGGAGCUGGGGACCCAGCAGCACCCAUUGCCCCAAACCUGGGGCAGGGGAUGGGGAAGAGCCUGGCCGGGAGCGCUGGGAGAUGGGGCUGGGUGGGCAGAGCUCUCGUCCCAUCCUCAUCUCUAGAGGGAAGGAGGAUGCUGUUUGGAAGUGAGUGCUGGAGGAGGCUGCCUUGGCAGCAGGCUGCCCAGCAGAGCUCAUCCCUGCAGCCUUGUUAGCUCUGCUCCUUCUCUCUCUGCUGUUCUCUCUGCCUGCCUUCCUGGGCUGCUGUCUCACUCUCUUCACAGAGCACUGCUGGGUCAUGCAGCAGGCACUGGCUCUCCUCUUUUCCUGGCCAAGGGUUUGUGUGUGAGCCCACAGCUGGACAGUGGUGAUGCCCCGGGGCAGGAUGUGCUGUGGGCAGAGCAGGGAGACAGGGCCGUGCUGGUGGCUGGCCGGAGAGGGGUACCCAUCAGCAGUAUCCAUGCUGCAGAGGGCCUGGCCAUGGGCAACGGGAUGCCAUGGGAGGAUGGAAAUGCUGAAGAGUGGGGACUGCCUGCCCCGACCGACUGGCCUGGCCGGCCUGGCUGCCCCGGCAGAUCCCGGAGUGGCUAGACUCAUCCCUGCUGGUGGUGGGGCUGCUUGAAUGGACUCUGCUCUGCAGGGACACCCUGAGCAGCUGGAGGCUCAUGUCGUACUGAAAUGUCUGUCUCUGUGUGUGUGUGUGUGUGUGUGUCUGUGUCUGCUUGGUGUGGUGUGCAUGGGUCCGGCUGUGCCUGGGUAUGCUUGGGCUGUGUCCGUGUGUGUGACUGGCUGUGUGUCCCUUGUGUUCACAGAGAGUCUAGCCAAUGCCAAAGAGGAGAACGUGGGCAUCCACCAGGUCCUGGACCAGACCUUGUUGGAGCUGAACAACCUCUGAGCUGCCCUGGGGAGCCCCUGUCCCUCUUCCCUAC